AUGACCCACACCAGACAUGAGACUGUGCCGGGAGACGAUGUCUAUGGCCCGGGGACAUUCAUCGACAAGAAUGUGCUCCCAGCUUCCGAGGACGCUAGACGAAUCUUCGAAUUGCUUGCAACAAGGACACCAGGAUUCACCAAAGACGCGGGUCUAUGGGACACGGUCAAAUUCGAAGGCCGACCGAGCCCUAUGAUCCCUGGACCCAUGAAAGCGCCUCUCGUAUCUGCUGCACUACACGCAAUGUGUGGAUUGGUCGGCAAUGAAUUGCUUGAACUUCGUGAUGGAAAGCCCGCGAACCGAAGCAGUGUAACAGUCAAUACAGACCACGCUGGCAUUUGGCUAGGGUCGACCUUUACCACGUACGUGGAAGGCUCGGAUAUUUCCACUCUAGCCCGAAAUCGCUCUCUAUCAAAGAUUUUCGCGAGGGAUUUCGAGCAAGGAUUUGGGGUUGGCCCAUUGGCUGGGCGAGCAACAGCGCUUUAUCCUACAAAGGACCCUCGAGUGUGGUAUCAACUUCAUGGAUCACUUGAUGCGUGCAAGACCCUCAGAUCAAUGGGGGUUGAUAUGGAGACUCCGUUGCAGUCUCUCGCAGAAGGGUACAAUUAUAUCAAGGACCAUGUUGAGAAAUGGAGCGCAGAUGAGUUGGAGAUGCACAAUGUGAGGCAUGGACUGUGUGGGAGUAUCUGUUAUUCACCUGAAGGAUGGAGGAAAACUGAGAUGGGCAAGCGUCUGGCUGCUGAUCCACUGGUGAAUUAUACCCACGAGUCUUAUGCCCACCCGACACCUCCUAUUCCUCUGCUGAAGAGUUCCGAUCGCCGCCCUCUGGCUGGAAUCAAAGUUCUCGAAAUGGUGCGCAUCAUCGCAGGCCCGACUAUUGGUGUGACUCUCGCCUCGUUUGGUGCCGAUGUGAUUCGCGUCAAUUGUAGCAGGCUAGUGGACUUGAACGUGCUCCAACUGACUCUUAACGCGGGAAAACGCACUGUCGAUCUCGAUAUCAGCAAAGAGAACGAUAUGAACACCCUCAGGGAACUUCUGAAUGACGUGGACGUCUUUAUCCAAGGGUUCCGAUAUGGGUCUCUUGACAGGAAGGGGCUUGGAUUACAAAGCUUGCUCGAAACUGCUGCGAAGCGCAACAAGGGUAUCGUCUAUGUAGAUGAAAACUGUUAUGGAGCUCAUGGGCCGUUCGCGGAGAGACCUGGAUGGCAGCAGAUCGGAGAUGCUGCCUCUGGAGCGUCAUAUGUGAUGGGCAGAUUUUGGGUAUAUGAAGAGGGAACCAGUGUUCUUCCGCCUCUCCCCGUCUCAGAUAUGAUGACCGGGGUCGUUGGUGCUUUGGCAACGAUGCUGGCUAUUCGAGACCGUGUGUUGAAAGGAGGGUCGUACCAUGUUGUGAGCUCACUGGUUGCAGGUGAUACAAUUCUUCUCUCCCCUGAAGUUGGACUUUACCCAAUGGACGUGGCGCAGAAGACCCUUGACGAUUUUAAGUUUGAGCGCUCGUCGCCAGAUCAAUUUGUCUCUGAGAUAUUGCUCCAGGUAGUUGAUGGCUGGAAACGGGUUUUCCCAGAAUAUUUGGCACGAGAGUCUCCAUUUAUGGCAAGCUUUAAGGACACGCCUUGGGGGCAAAUGGAGAUUCUCAAACCAGUUGCAAAGUUGGCAGAUGAGGAGGCAACUCCUCGAUGGAAGACAGGUCCAGUUCCGAUAUGCCAAAACAGUAACAUUAGCUGGGCGUGA